AUGGCGGUUGUGAGGCCAGAAAUCCUUAACAGCAGCUCUCAGAUGGCAGCUGUUCCUCUACAGCUUCUGUUUUAUGUAAAUGGAUUUUAUUUAGUCUUUUACAUCGUGGCAAGUCUCACUAUGUUGAUUUAUAAAGGUCAAACUUUCAGCUAUCCAGGAGACUUUUUGUCUGUUGAUCUUACCCUGCUUGUCAUUAUGGCCAUUGCUGAAGUGCUCCGGUUGUACCUGGGUGUAAGGGGGAACCUGGCAGAAGAAGACAGUUUGUUGGGGCUCAGCCUUGUGAUGAUAGUGGGCAGUGUGUUUCUGGCUGUGUAUUUCCUGGUGUGGCAAACCUAUGUGCUGAAAACAGACGUCAUCCUCAACAGUGUUCUGCUCGUCUUCUAUGGGAUGGAGUCAAUUCUCAAGGUCUCAGCCAUCGCUGCUUUUAACGGAUAAACCUACAGGUCUUCAACGUGGUAUCAACACAUUUCUAGUAUAAAAGGUUGGGGUUAUAGUUCAUACAUUUAAUACUUUUAUAUAUAAAGUCCUGUCAAGCUUUCCUCUGUUUAAAGUACAUGGUUUUGAGGGGCAGACCUGAGUGACAGGUAAAACAUCCUGUCCAGCAGCUGUGUUACGCUCUCUGCACUGUCAGCUUAUGGGCAAAGGCAAGAGGUGAUUCAGCAAGACCUCUUAAUGCUCUGGUAUUCCUCCGGGAUCCACACUCCCUAUUCAUUCCCAACACACAACAGCAACCAGGGCAUCAUCUGAGCCCUGUUGAGAUGCUCGGAUCACAGCACCUGCACCCAGAGUGACACAGAACUGAAUCAGGGUGACACAGCACGGGCUCAUUUCUGCUGUACCACCACGUUCGUGUUUGAGGGCACGGUUUCUCUGCUGCUCUCAUUUGUGUUCUCAGACCCCAGUGGUAAUUACCCUGACUUUACUAGGGCAGAACCUGAUUUAUCCCUGUGGGAAUGAGCUGAAUUGAGUUUUGUGCACAGUCGGAGAGCUGAGCUGCAGCGU